AUGAUGAACCACGGUGAUAUUUCAAAUACGGAUCACAUAACAAAAAGACAUCGUCGUCAUACUAUUGCUCGCCCAGCUUCUGCCCUGGCAUUGGUAUCAGACUCUUCCUCGUCAGAAGAUGAAGAUGAUAACCAAUUUGAUCGAAUUUCCGACAUUUUAUCAAAUUUAAUUCAAGAAGCGAACGAAGCUGUCAAUCAUGAUAAUAACAAAGUCAGUACGCCUGGUAGUAUUCCUUUAAUAAGAAAGUUAUCUUCUUCCGCAGCGGUGGAACAACCAAAAAGAGUACACAGAAGCAGGCCCGUCUCAUAUCCUUCUUCUUCUUCUCUGAUAUCAGCUAGAAGACGUUCUUCUGCAACAACAGUGAUAGUACCAAGACCUUCUCAUACAAAUAUAUCAAGAUCAUCCGCCAUGACAAGACAAAAGAGUGGAUCGGUGUUAUUAGAAUCCUUCAAGCGGCUGGAUUCUUCCAUGGCAAUGAUCGACUCAUUAUCUCGUGAUUUGGUUCCUGAAAAAAAAAUAAAGGCAGCUACCUCAUUCGAUAGUCGCCUGUCUGCUCUACUCUUAUUACCGCUCCUUCAUGUACCUCAUGCCUUAAUAUCAAUGGUGUUUGAUACAAUGUCAUCAACAGAAUUGUAUAAUAAUAACAACAAUACACUAGGUGGUAUGGUGGUAUGGGCCUUUGUGUUUGCCAUCACAAAUCUUGUCGUUGAUAAAGCGGUCAUCUCACCCAGUAACACUAGUCCCAUACCAACUAAGUUAUUACCAGGUACAUUUGAACAAGAAAUGAGCAAAACAAACAAAAGGAGACCUAAGUCCAAGAAAAGAAAUAGUCAAAAGCAACCAUUUUAUUUUCAACAACAGCAGCCACAUGCUGCAUGUAUGCAUAGUGGAAUUAAUUUGCUUGAAAGAAAGCCUCUUGCAAGAAGAAAUUCACUUUGA